CCCCCCGCGAGCCAAAACGCUAUACCUCUCGGAAGGCCACAGCUUCAGCAAGGAAGACGAAGAUGCUCCGGCCGCCGUUCACAAAGCGCUUUUCUAACCCCACAGCUCUCAAUUUUCUACUCCGUUUCAGUCAACGUAGGGAAUUGCAUAGCAGAAAUCGGAAAGCCAUGGAGUUUAUUGCCAAAGGAUGGAGUGCUUUGAAGGAAGUCGAUAGAGUUAUUGAUUAUUGUGAGCUCAAUGAUCGCCGUCUCAUCCCCCUUCUUCGGACAGCGAAGGAAAACUUUGAAUUGGCUCUUGAAGUUGAUAAUUCAAAUACCCAUGCUAGGUAUUGGUUGUCAAGAUUGCAUUUGAAGUAUCAUGUCCCAGGAGCAUGUAAAGCUGUAGGAGCUGCAUUAUUGGUUGAAGCAGCAGAAAUGGGUGAUGCGGAUGCACAAUAUGAACUUGGUUGUCGUCUGAGAGUUGAGAAUAAAUAUGUACAAUCAGACCAACAAGCUUUCUAUUAUCUGGAGAAAGCAGUUGACCAGCUGCAUCCAGGUGCACUUUUUCUUCUAGGUGCAGUAUAUCUGACUGGCGACUGCGUGAAAAAAGAUAUUGCAUCAGCACUAUGGUGUUUCCAUCGUGCUUCAGAGAAGGGUCAUGCUGGUGCAGCUAUAGCGUAUGGAUCUCUUCUUCUCAAAGGUGUCGAAGUACCCGAAUCUCUAACAAAAUUUAGCUUAAAGAAUGGUUCUCCAACCCGAAAAGCUAGAAAAAACCCAGAUGCUUCAAUGAUGAGUUCAAUUGAGAUGGCUAGAGAACAGUUCAAUGCAGCAGCGAUCUCAGGGUGUGAUCUUGGCCUCAAAUGGUUAAACAGACUUGAAGAGGAAGAAAAGAGUUUGUCGACCGAAUCUGUAUGAAGGUAUAUCAAGAAACUUCAUAACUACCCCAAUGGAUCAAAUGACUCCAAAGCUUAAUAACUUUGUAAUGUUUAAGAUAUUGUCUGGCACCCAAACAAAAGAUGAAACAGUGGAAUUCUGGAACAGUUACACGGCCACCGGAAAAACUAAGAACAAAGCCUUUAAAAUAGAAACUCGUAAAGAAAAUGAGAAGACUAAAGUAGUAGGUCAUGAUCUCUUUAAGAUGUUUUUCGAUACUACCUAGAGUGCAAGCCGUUCAGAGAUGGGAUGUCAUGUCGUUCCAAGAUAUAACAGUUGAUUGAAACAAAGAGGUAUCGACACCUUCUGAUUGUACUCGAAAAAUAAAGAAGAACAAGAGAGAAUGAAAACCUGGGAUGGGGAUGUAAUUUUUUGAUACUAAACCGAGUAAAUGGAGAGUGCUCCACACUAAAGCAAAACUACAUUUGUGUA